CACCUUUGCUUCUGACGUGCGGGCUUACACAAUAUCCAUUAUCCUUUCGUGCAAAUGUCUUCAUCUCAGUCUUCAUCUCAAAGGACUAAUCCUACUAAUAAUGAAAUCACACAGACACCUGUCGAUCCACAGCGUGGCAUAGGGCUGGCAACAAUCACUCGUACACGGAGUGGACAUAUAGAACAAUAUCGAAGAUUCCACUUCCAAGACGAUCGCGUUAUCCCUGCAGCGAUGGUUGCCACCAUGAGCAGACGUCAGGAGACCGAAGGCCGGGAGUUAGAUACCAGCAGCGAAUGCUCCGAAUCUGACGAUGGAGAGCCACAGGAACAGGCCAAGGAGUCUUGUCAUUGUUACCGGGACACUGAGAUCGACGAUUCUUCUCACGUUUUUAACGGAGAUGUGGUUAAUGGCAUGAAGCCCUCGAUUGCUAGGAAACAUUAUAUGCGUGGAGGGUCGGUCAAGGGAAAGAGCAAGUUGGUUAAUGGCGACCUCGAUAAAGCUUCAUUUGCUGCUUUUUUCUGUCAGAAUUGAGAUAGCAGUUUCUCAUUUAGCCUCCUUGAAUUCAUGAGAUUUUGCUGGCUCUU